GAGAGAGAGAGAGCAUUACAGGAGGGGAAAAAGAGAAGCAGGAUCCUUCUGCUUUGUAUCGAUUGCCUAUUGGAACAAGGAGGGGCACGUGGAGGGAGGGACAUUGGAGACUCCUGUCAGUGUCUCGGUGGGAGCAGGAGGGAGAAACGCAUAGUGUGAGCUGGGUGCAUGCGUGAGGUUGUGCGUACGUGUGUGUGUCUGUGUGUGUGUCUGAUUCGACUCGUUGAACCUCUGCGACGGUGUCUCCAUCGGAGGGAGGAGGGGAGGUAGGGGGAGUUUUUUUCAGCGCACCCUGUGUUGUGUCCAUGCUCACCGCCUGAUGCGCUCAGAGGACACUGGCUGCCCGGGAGACAGCGCGAGGGGCGUGAUGGCCGGACGCGCCCUGACUCGGCCGCGCAUCUCCAGGUGUCCGCGCGGGGCUUCUGUUGCCUUCUCCUCCCGCUGAGCCCCCUCCGGUCCUCAUCGAUGUCCUUGCUGCGCGUCUCCGUGGGGCUGCCCCGCCGCGCUCCCUGAAAGGAUGCAUCCGUCAACCCACACGUGUGGCCUGCAGCGAGCCUAUGAUCCGGACUGGACCGCACGCGCUUUAGGGUGACACCGAUCAAUUUUUUGAAGACGUUACCUUUUCACCUUCCAGCUGCUGUCGAUCAUCGCGUUCUUGAUGACGUAUGAUGCGGGGCAGCUGUUAUUCCGAAUUGAAUCCGGAUUUUUCCUUUUGCUCUGAUUGAAGGGUGGACUGAGCAACAUAUCAGAUGGGAGUGCUGCACAUACAAAUAAGGUCAAGUAAAUAAUUGCCAUCAGGAAUGAGGCGCCAUAGUGGAGACUUGUUAGCCGUAUUCAUAGGCAGUGGAUAGAUUUAAUUGGGUGUUUUCUAGGAACAAAAGAGCUGCUUGGACUGCACUGACCGUGCGUUGAAGGUUGUCAGGAAGAGUGGAUUUAUUUUCUAUAUACCCGAUGAAUGAGAGUCACGGUUACAGAAGGAUUCCGUGACGGAAAUUAGUACCACCAAACAAAGAAAUAGGGAUUUGGGGGAUGGAUAAAACCGUCAGCCGCUGUGUCGUCUUCCAAGGAGAAAAACUCAUUCUCCGCCAUGUAAUUUUCUUGUCUCGGUCGUGCUGUCAGAGUCUCUCACACCCCAACCCGCUGGCAAACUGUCAGUCCUUCGUGGAUUCAUUCAUCUACUGUGUGCCCACUGAAGCCUGACCACAUGAGCGGAGGCGGCGCCCUGCAGCAACGCACCACCUACCUCAUCUCCCUCACCCUGGUCAAAGUAGAGGCUGUGGAGGAGAAUGGAGGGGAGGCCAAGAACAGCACCCAGAGGAAGGAGGUGGAGGCCGGGCCCGGAGGACGGGCAGGAGGAGAGGCCGGGGCCAGAGUGGAGGCAGAGGGUGAAGCUCCUGCUUGGGAUGAGAACGGAGAAGGACAGCCACAACGAGCUGAGGUUGCUGCGACUGUGAAAGGGAGCAAGUUACCCGAUGAACUCAAAGAUGGCGAGAGACUCAUCACUUCGACGGAUAAACCGCCUAGUCCCGUUGAUGUCCUGAAGAAAGGGAGUGAAAAGCCACCGUGCAACCUCUCGAUCCCCACACCUGCUGAGAGGGCGACGGUUCAGAAGGCAAAGUCACCUGAGGUUGACCUGCCGCAGGUGGAGAGGACGCCCUGCACCCCGGAGGCAAAGCAAUGCAGGUCACCACUACUGACCACCACACCUCCAGCAGAGUUGGUCGAGCCCAGCCGCACCCCAAACAGGACCAGCCUCCCCAUCCGCCCGGCGGGACAGCGUCCCGUGAGUCUGCUGAAGUCUCACAGCAACGUGGCGACCCGCGGACGGGACUCCCGGGACGGCAGAGAGCGCAGCCCCACCUCAGCCCAGAGCCUGGACCGGAAGGACUGCCGCGUGCCGACGCGCUCACCGGGUCCCUGCAGGGCCUCGUGGGCCGAGGCGAGCCGGCCCGACGGCUGGAGGGACCUGCGGGACGAAGCUCAGGCCGGAAUGCCCCUGGAGAUCGUAGGCGGCAUGGCUGCAGUGAUGAGGGACAUGCCCAGGAAGGACAGGCUGAAGGCCGGUUCGGCCUCCCUACCCGCACCCGCCACGCUGGCCAACAAACCCGGCCGCAAAGGUAAAAGCCGGACGCUGGACAACAGUGACCUGAACAGCCUCUCUGAAGACCUGGGGCUGGCCCAGCAGGCGCAGCAGGGCAACCGAGGCUCCACUAAAGACAGAAAGAUGCUCAAGUUCAUCAGUGGCAUUUUUACAAAGAGCAACUCGGGGUCAGCGGGGUCAUCCUCCACAGCGCCACCUGUCUAUAUACAGAGAGACUCCAGUGAAGAGGAAGUAAAUAUUGCCAACAGCCAGGAGUGGACCCUGAGCAGAUCCAUCCCAGAGCUCAGACUGGGCAUUCUGGGAAGUCUAAAAAGUGGCAAGUCAGCGUUGGUGAACAAAUAUAUCACUGGCAGUUAUGUGGCUCUGGAGAAGCCUGAGGGUGGCAGAUACAAAAAGGAACUGUUGGUGGACGGACAGAGUCAUUUAUUACUGAUCCGGGAGGAAAAUGGACCACCUGAUGCCCAGUUCAGCAGCUGGGUGGACGCGGUGAUCCUGGUGUUCAGUCUGGAGAACGAGGGCAGCUUCCAGGAGCUCUACCAGCUCUACAGCCAGCUGAGUGCGCACCGCACGGACGUCCCGGUCAUCGUGGUCGGCACCCAAGAUAAAAUCAGCAGCACCAACCCUCGUGUGAUCGAGGAUCAGAGGGCCAGACAGCUGUGUGUCGACGUGCGCCACUCGCUGUUCUACGAGACCUGCGCCACCUACGGCUUCAACGUGGACCGAGUGUUUUCAGAGGCGGCCCAGAAGAUUGUAGCUCAGAAGAAGCUGGCGGCGCUUCAGGCCUGCAAGUCUCUUCCCAACUCUCCCAGUCACUCUGGAGGCUCCACACCUGGAUCAGCAUCGUUCCCCGGACAGGCCAGUAAUGGCCCGAGUUGCGGCUACGCCUACUCCCUCCCCUCCACCCCCGUGAUCGGCCACAGAGACCUGCGGGUUGCACAGGGAGAGGGGGGAGGCAAUGCCAACCCGCGGUCCCUGAAAGGCAUCCCCAGACGGCCAUCCCUCUUCAAGAACCGGGACUCGGAUAAGAAGUCCGGUGAUCCCAAAGGAGACCUGAGCGGCGUGCGGGGAGUUCCCAUUAAACAGAGCAUCUUGUGGAAGAGAAGCGGCAGCUCUCUGAAUAAGGAGUGGAAGAAGAAGUACGUCACCCUCUCCAACAAUGGAACGCUGUCCUACCACUCCAGCUCCAGCGACUACACGCAGAAUAUCCAUGGAAAAGAAAUUGACCUUCUGCGCGUGACGGUUAAAGUUCCCGGGAAACGUCCUCCGAGAGCCGUGGCUCCUGCAGGGCCCUCACCUGUCCCCCCCGCCGCCGCCGCACCUGGAGUCAACGGGCUGAGUAAGGAUCCAACCGGCACCGAGGGCACCAGCACAGUUCCCCAGUUGUGUCCAGCCACGCUGUCUGUGGUGGAUGACCGGUCCGGCGUGCUGCUGCCUCCAGGAGGAGACCGAGGACUUCAGCGCUGCGCCUCGUCGCUGUCCACCAAAGCACAAAGUGUCGAUGCUCUUGAAGGAGCAGCCGGUCCUUUCGCCGGGAAAGAUCCCGGCCAGUCGUCUCCAAUGAGCGACAGGAAGAAGAACAGGAGGAAGAAGAGCAUGAACCAGAAAGGGGACGCAGCUGUAGGGCAGGCGGAGGCCAAGCGAAAAAUGUGGAAAUUAAAGAGCUUUGGUAGCUUGAGAAACAUUAAUAAAACAGACGAGGAGAAUGCAGACUUCAUCAUAGUGUCCUUCACCGGGCAGACGUGGCACUUUGAGGCUCAGAGUCUGGAGGACCGGGACUCGUGGGUCUCGGCCAUCGAGAGCCAGAUCCUGGCCAGCCUGCAGUCCUGUGAGAGUGGCAGAAGCAAGGCUCGGAGGAGCAGCCAGAGCGAGGCUGUAGCGCUGCAGGCCAUCCGCAACGCCAAGGGCAACCAUCUGUGCGUCGACUGCGAAGCACCAAAUCCCACCUGGGCCAGCCUCAACCUGGGUGCGCUGAUCUGCAUCGAGUGCUCCGGCAUCCAUCGCAACCUGGGGACCCACCUGUCCCGCGUCCGCUCGCUGGACCUGGACGACUGGCCGGGAGAGCUCACGCAGGUCCUGGCCGCCAUCGGGAACCACACGGCCAACAACCUGUGGGAGAGCUGCACCCAAGGGCGCACCAAACCCGCGCCGACUGCCACGCGUGAGGAAAGAGAGUCGUGGAUCCGCGCAAAGUACGAGCAACGGGCCUUCGUGCCGCCCCUCCAGCCGCCGCCGGGCCCCCGGCUUCCGGACGACGGCAUGCCGGCGUGGCUGCUCUCCGCGGUGACCGAGAGAGACCUGCCCAGGCUGCUGCUGCUUCUGGCCCACAGCACCAAGGAACGGAUCAACGGGCAGCCGGCCGGGGACACCUCGGCGCUGCACGCCGCCUGUCAGCUGGGGGACGUGGUCAUGACACAGCUGCUCGUUUGGUACGGAAUUGACGUGAAAGCGAAAGACAACCAGGGCCAGACAGCCAUGAAGAUGGCCAGAAAAAUCGGCAGCAAAGGCUGCAUUGAUAUUUUGCUGCAGCACGGCUGUCCCAACGAGACGUCCCCCACCACUGCCACGCCCGUCCUCUCCCGCCGGUCCAGCACUGCCAGCCUGGGCCGAACCAGCUCCAGGAAACGGGUGUCGUAGCGCCAACUCAAAAUGAACCCGCUCACCCCAUGACCCCCGACCCCCCCCCGCGGAGCGCCUGGCGACGACUGGGGGAUGCUUAUUGCUUAGAGACCUUUUUUUUGUUGUUGUUUCUUUUCAACUGUUACAACGGAGAGCGGCGUACUUUAACGACAGGACUAUGUCGUGGUACUACGGACACACUGAAUACUCUCCGAAGGCCGAACAUAUCAAACAACCUAAAAGCAAUAUUCAUUGAAUUUGUUGAUGACAGAGAUGUUGCUGGGAUACUGUGUUGUUGUUGUUGACAUCAUUUAAAAACGGCUCGAGCCGAACUUCUGUAGUGUUAGAGCAGACAAACUGCAUCUCGUGUCACUUCCUCGAGAAGAAGUGCAAUAAUCCAAAUAUGACCAUGAAAAGCAACAAAUUGUAGAGCUAACUAUGUCUGUACGGUCGAUACAUCGAGAGGGUGCUGCUUUUGUUCAAAUUUGUUGUGACUGGACCAAAACAGUUAUUAUUUUCUUUGGCUUUACAGAUGAAAUCUACAUGUCACGUCGCAGGCGUCGCGUCUCCGCGGCAGCAGUGAGAAGGCCAGUUUGGUUAAUAUGAAACGGUUUUUCAGUGACAACUCAGCUGAAGUUAUUUUGCUUAGACUAGAAAAAUAAAAAGAAUGGUUUGAAAAAUGAAGUAUAUCAGUGUUACUAUCACAGGUCAAAGAUAUGGCGUUUUAAUAUACUGUAAAUGUACCUAUACUACAUACUUAAUGUCAAAUUGUAACGAAGACACAUCAGAAAAAUCAAAGAAUGAAUUUUGUAAAUUAUUUCUACUGGUAGUUUUGACAUGUUUUUUUUUAAUUGUCUUAUCAUUUCUUAUUUCCUACAUGUCAUAAAAGCAUAAACCAGUAAACAAAAUACUUUUGCAUAAUGUAAAUUUGUGGCUGUUUGUUUAAGGUUUUCAGGGGGAUGGCCAACAACUACAUAAAGACAUUAUUCAUGUUCAUGUUACUGUUGUGUAGGUCUAUCCCAUGAGUUUACAGUGAAGUAUGAAGAAUUGCAGGUGUCAUCGUUAUUUCGGACACUUUGUUGGUCGUGUGAAUCUGUCAUGAGCUAAAAAAAUGGUUACCGAAAUCCAAUAAACUUUUUUUAAUUAGCAUUAUCAGGAUAA